AGCCAACAUUUGGAAAACCAAGGUUCAUCAUGGCAAUCCUGAGAAGUCUGCUGCUUCUUUUCAUUGUGUUCUCAAUGGGGAAUGCAGAUGUUGAGAUAGCUGAAAGAUGCCCCAAUGGAUGGAUAAACUUUGGAGUCCGAUGCUUCAAGUACUUCUCUCAGUCGGUUAACUGGAUCACAGCAGAGAGAAACUGUCUAAGUCUGGAUGCAAAUCUCGCAUCUGUGCACAGUAAAGCGGAAAAUGAGUUUGUGCAGAGUCUGUUGCCCUCUUCCUCCACACGUUGUUGGUUUGGUAUUCAAGAUGGGGAACAAGAAGGACAGUGGGUGUGGAGUGAUGGAACUCCAUAUGACUAUGCCUACUGGUGUGCUGGAGAACCUAACAAUUCGGGUGUCGAAAACUGUGGGGAGGUCAACAUCAACCAGAGUUCUAAUCGUUGUUGGAACGAUCUACCCUGUUUGAGUCAAAUAGGCUAUGUUUGUGCUAAAGUCCUGUGAGAUCACAUGCAGUCAUCUUUCUCCAAUAUUCUGAUUUCAUCUUUAAAAAAAUGUAACUCUUAAAUUAAGCCUUUUAG